UGACCAACGUGGUGGUGUGCUAGCAAACAUAAAACCGAUUCAUUGAAGCGUUUUAGACCAAUUUGUUGUAUAUUACUCUUCGUGUUUUGAACAUACUUCUGUUUACCUAUCUACUAGCUAAUUUCAACGUAAUUUGCUUGUGAAAUUAGCAACAUUGAUACAGCAUUUGGCUAAUCUCCCGGAGCAUAAACUCACUAAGCAAGACGGAGAAAGAAGCUUUCAGAAUGAAAAAGGAGAAAGAUGCCAUAACAUUGAAAUUAGAGAAUGUAGUGAAAAAAGAGGACGAACAUUUUGGAGUGAAAGAGGAGGCUAUCUCAGUAAAAGAGGAGAAGAAAGACGUUUUGGGAGUGAAAAAGGAGGAGGAGGAGACUGAACAUCCGAUUACCACCAGAGGAAAACCGAACUUGGAGGAACCAGAGACGUCCAAACCAGCAAGACGACACCUCUGCUCCCAGAUUGGAAAGAGUUUUACCAAGUUAGGAAGCCUGAACAGACGAGGAGACUCACACUGAAGAUGGGGAAAGUGACACAGAACUACUACAGGACGAAGACGAGUCACUGAGCGAACACAGCUUUGACUCCCAGACGGAAGAUAUGUUUCUACAUGGCGAGGACAUGGUUUUGGACUGUGCCAGGGACUCGGAUGAACAAUGGGAACCCACAAUGUCAAGAUGUCCAUCCCCCACUAAUUCAGACGCUGAAGCUGGUUCAUCCAGCCGGACCCCUGCUGCCUCCGGCUCCACACCUUCCCCCGCCCGGCCAUCUAGAGGUGUGAAGAAGCCAGCCCAGAAGCGGAGGAGGGCCAGUGAACCAGCGACAACUACCAUCGAGGCAGAGGACCGUUGGCACACUGUGCUAGAAGAUGAUGUUGAAUCACUUCCACCAACAUUUAGACCGAACAGGCAGCCAGGACCUCAGCUGGACAUGACUGCAGAGUACAGAGUUUCAGCCCAACCAGAACCUGUCCAUAGAUGAGAGGAUGGUAGCCUCAAAGGUUAGAAUUGGCCUCAAACAACAUAUGUGUAACAAGCUCUUUGUUUUGUUUUGGCCGAUUCUAUGUGUGCCUACACUUGGAAUUUGUUUGUUUGUGAGGGGGAAAGCAGUUUUGCGACCGGUAAGGGACUCAGUUAUGAUUCCGUUAUGGAGUUGUUGGAUUUUCAACUGCUGGGGAAGGGCUACAAACUGUUUAUGGACAACUUCUACACAAGGCCUACCCUGUUCACAGACCUGAGGAAGCAGGAUGUGUGGGCUUGUGGCACCAUCCGUACCAACAGACAGGGCUUUCCGAAAACCAAGGUGAAUGACAUGCCUAAGAGGGCUGAUCGGGGGACCAUGCGAUGGAUUCGUAAACAUGACCUGCUCUUUGUUAAGUGGAUGGAUGCCAGAGAGGUGGUCAUGUGCUCCAGUAUCCACAAAUCCUUCAGUGGCGAUCACGUCAACAGGCGUGUGAAGGAUGCCAAUGGUGCAUGGGCCACAAAAAGGGUCCCCAUUCCUGCUGCUAUAAAGGAUUACAACAAGAGCAUGGGAGGUGUAGACCAGUCAGACGCUCUGAUAAUAGGCUACAAUAAUGUUCUUCACAAGACAAUGAAAUGGUACAGGACAUUGUUCUAUCACUUCAUUGACAUUGCUGUGAUGAAUGCCUUCAUCCUCCAGAAGGAAAUGGCUCAGAGCUGUGGACAGCCCCCCAUCUCACAGCUAGCCUUCAGAGAGCUGCUCAGCCCCCCAUCUCACAGCUAGCCUUCAGAG